GAAUCUAAAAAAUCUUAGUUGCAAAAAUGUUUUAAUUUUAAUGACAGGCAAAACUAAUGAAAAAGACACAUUUUAACAUUGACUACUCAGGCAUCACCGACAGGACAGCGAGACCAAAAACAAAAGUCGAAUUGUGAUUGUCAACAUGUGAUAACAGUAGAGAAAAGAUAGUCGGAGCAAGAUGUCCAACUAUGCACAGCGGAUGGCACACCUGUCGUCCAGAAUAUUCGGAGAAUACACUCGGGAGAAGACCUACACAGCUAACCGAAUUAUAAAGGAGUUCAAGAGUAUGCCCAAAUACAAGGACCCCAAUAUCAUUAACUAUUAUCCCAAACAUCCCGAGGCUACGUGGCUGCUCAAUAGACUGCGACACCACGGACUGUACAGAGAUGGUCAUGCAGACUUUAUAGAAGAGUUCGCAGCCCAGCGAGCUCAGCGUGGCAAAGGACCACCAGAGAAGGGACAAGGCAAGAGAGCAACACGAAAGUGAAAAGUGUAUGACUGAUGUGUGUAAUAAAUAUCUUUGACAGUGUUUAGACAA